ACAUGCCAUUUGGUAAAGUACCAGUGUUGGAAAUUGACGGCAAAGUAUUGAAUCAAUCCACAGCUAUUACUCGUUAUUUAUCCAAAAAAGCUGGAUUAGCUGGAAGUGAUGAUUGGGARUCUUUGUUGAUYGAUAUUGCUGUUGAUAACAUUCAUGAUUUACGACAAGAGAUUGCAUCAUAUUUUUAUGAUCCAAAUGAAGUAACAAGAGAAGCAAAAUAUGCACCUUUGAUCAAUGAAACAAUUCCAUUUUAUAUGGAUAAAUUUGAAAAAACYGUUGAAGAAAAUAAUGGAUACUUUGUAAAUGGAAAGUUGUCUUGGGCUGAUUUAUUUUUUGUAGCUAUUUUAAGCUACUUGAAUUCCAGUGUAAAAAUUGAUUUAUUAGAGGGUCGUCCAAAAUUAAGAGCACUUAAAGAACAAGUAUUGGCUGUACCUCAAAUUAAGGCAUGGGUUGCUAAACGCCCAACAGAUAUUCCUUAAAUAUCAAACAGUACCAAGUAUCACUUUUAAUUAAAAUUAUAUGAAUAUUUGUUUUUUUUAUUUAAUAGUAAAUCAUUCAGAUGAAUUUUAUUUUCA